AUGGCAGGCAAAACUGCACGCGACGAUGAUUUUAUCCUUACUCUAUCGGACGAAGAAACACCGUACCCUAAUGGUGAAGAAGAGGAAACCGAUGACGAUUUUAUAUUUACAAACACGAAAAAGUCAGAUACGACAUCAAAAAAGCGAAGGCGAGAAGACACCGAUGCGGAUGUGAAAAAUAAGAAACUUAAGAAACAAAGCCAAAAUGCAGAUAAAAAGGGUGGAAAGCCCAAUAAACACAUCGCAGAGAAGAUCCAUAACGUAAAUGAUGAAGGUGGGGAGGAUGAGGGUGUUCUUGACCCUGAUUUCGAAUUUGACAUAGGCAACGCCGUAAAUCGUGAACUCACUGAGGACUUUGAUGGAUGGGGUGUGGACGAUCGUGAUAAACAGAAGGGUCUAGAGGGAACCAAGAAAGCCAUUGAUUUAGACGAAAUCCUAUCUAGAAGAAGGCAAAAAAACCUUGGAAAUGCGAAUACCAAACCACGCCAAGCGGGAGAUUUGAAUUCAGAUGCUUCUUCGGAGGGGCUUAGUGAUGGGGGCAGUGAUGGGGACGAGGGCGGAACCGACGAGCCUCUUGAUCUUGAAAACGAUGAACUCUUAGCGCCCGAUGGUUUUGGAAUGGGUGCUACAGGGGAAGCAAGCGACGAGGAGCAAUCUGAAAAUGAGUCAGUGGGCGAUAUGAAUAUGGAGUCAGACGAUGAGUCUGAGGCUUCGCCAGUCGCGCAUCCGGAUGACUUGCAAUCCGAUGUGAGUUCUGAGAGCGAAGAGGAGGAUCCUGACGAAAUUGCCAAACGAAAAGCUUUCUUCGCACCCGAGGACAAAUCCACCGCUAUCGCUGACUCUUCCACCACGACUACAUUCCAGAACUUCAACCUUUCCCGGCCAAUUCUUCGUGGACUAGCGGCCGUCGGCUUCUCAGCCCCUACGCCUAUUCAGCGCAAGGCUAUUCCAGUGGGAUUACUUGGUAAAGAUCUUGUCGGUGGCGCAGUGACUGGUUCUGGAAAAACUGCUGCAUUUAUCAUCCCUAUCUUAGAACGGUUACUUUAUCGGCCUAGAAAAGUACCAACAAGCCGUGUCGCUAUCUUGAUGCCGACAAGAGAGCUUGCUGUCCAAUGCUACAAUGUCGCGACAAAACUAGCAACUUUUACAGACAUAACGUUCUGUCAACUUGUGGGUGGCUUCAGCGUGCGUGAACAAGAGAACAUACUGAAGCAACGACCUGAUGUCAUUAUUGCUACGCCUGGUCGAUUUAUCGACCACAUGAGAAAUUCGGCUAGCUUUACCGUCGAUACGCUUGAGAUUUUGGUUCUCGAUGAGGCAGAUCGAAUGCUUGAGGAUGGAUUUGCAGACGAAUUGAAUGAAAUUCUUGGAACUAUUCCAAAAUCUCGACAGACGAUGCUGUUCUCUGCGACUAUGACGGAUACAGUUGAUAAACUGAUUCGCGUGGGCCUCAACAAACCAGUCCGGCUCAUGGUUGAUUCAAAAAAGCAAACAGUCGGCACCUUGGUUCAAGAGUUCAAAAAAGAAGCGCAUCGCGCCCGAAUUAUUUUUGGGCUACUGGGGCUAAAGGCAGCAGAGCUACAUGGCAGCAUGAGCCAAGAACAGCGAAUCAAAGGGGUCGAAGCUUUUCGGGACGGCAAAGUUUCGUUCCUGCUCGCGACUGACCUUGCAUCCAGAGGUCUUGAUAUCAAGGGCGUCGAAACGGUUAUAAAUUACGAGGCACCUCAGUCCCACGAAAUUUACCUUCACAGAGUUGGCCGUACUGCCCGUGCUGGACGCAGUGGUCGCGCAUGCACUAUUGCAGCGGAGCCGGAUCGAAAGAUAGUCAAAGCUGCGGUCAAGGCCGGCCGGGCCCAGGGAGCAAAAAUUGUAAGCCGGGUAGUAGACCCUGCAGUGGCGGACGAAUGGGCUGCGAGAGUAGACGAGAUGAAAUCCGAGAUCGAAGAGAUUCUGCAGGAAGAAAAGGAGGAGAAGCAAUUGGCCCAAGCUGAAAUUCAGGUUACUCGAGGGGAAAAUCUGAUCAAACACGAGAGUGAAAUCAUGUCGCGGCCGAAGCGAACCUGGUUCGAGACAGAACGGGAGAAGAAGGAAGCCAAAAAACGAGCGCUGAACGAGUUGAAUGGACCAGGCACAGGCCUAAAAAGGGAAAAGCGGAAGCUGAGCGGCAAAGAGAAGAAGAAACUUGAUGAUACGCGGUUACGAGAAGGGGGCAAGGUGUGGAAGAAAGGCAAAAAGGAGCGAGAGAGCAAGGGAGGGUCGGGCCAGGGGUCAUCGAAGAACAAAGCCAAAGCCAAAGGCAAAGGCAAAGGCAAAAGCAGGGCGAGGACGCCGGGCAAAGGGCAGUAG